CGCUUUAUUCAUUCAUCCAUUCAUAGCUUUAAUUUCUCUGAUUUCUUGUUCCUUGUCUUGUUCAUUUGUUGUUGGAGGAUUAUUUGUGAUUUGGUAAAAAUAUGCUUAAUAUAAAUGUUCAUCUAAUAUCUGUGUUAAAAGUGAUUAUGUGUAUUUAAAAAAUAAUUAAGUUGAUAUUCUUUUAAGAACCAACAUUUCGUCAUUUCUUACAGACUAGUAUGAUAUCUCAAUAGUUUCAUUUUUGUUUGCGAUUUUAGAUUAUUUUGAUAAUGGAUCGUUAAUGUUAAAUGUGGUAUGGCACUUGUUACUAUUCGACGCUCUCCGAGUGUGCAGACACCAAGGAAAUCAGAUGAGACAGAAAAAUCAACAGAAAAUAUUGAAGAGGAUGUCAGUAACCGUGUCAGCAAGAGCCUCAAUGAGUGUUAUUUUGCGAACAAGGGAGCGGCGUUGGUACUGGGCGGUUCGGAGUGUGGAUGCGCAGACCAGCGCCGAGCGUCGGCGCGAGCGCAUCCCCAACCGGACAUACAACACCAUCUGCAGUCCAUGUUCUACCUGUUGCGCCCGGAGGAGACGCUCAAAAUGGCGGUGAAACUGGAGAGCGCUCACGCGGGGCGCACCAGAUACCUGGUUGUGGUAUGCCGUAGCGAAGAAGCGGCUCUCCUCGGUAUCGACUGCAACGAGCGCACCACUGUCGGCCUCGUGUUGAGGGUUCUCGCGGACACAUCUAUAAAGCUUGAUGGUGACGGAGGAUUUAGUGUGUGCGUGUGCAAUCAACAACACAUAUUCAAACCAGUGUCUGUACAGGCCAUGUGGUCAGCGUUACAAACGCUGCACCGCGCCAGCAGCCGAGCCCGUGCGCUGAACCACUUCGCUGGCGGCGCGUCGCACGCCUGGUGCGCUUACUAUGAGGAGCGCAUCGACUCGGACCGUUCCUGCCUCAAUGAGUGGCAUGCCAUGGACUGCAUCGAAUCCCGUCGCCCGCCUUCGCCGGAUUCGCUUAGGCUAAAGCCUCGCAAAAGAGACGAAACAGAGCGUGUGAUUCGAUGUACGUUGAAGGAAAUAAUGAUGAGCGUUGACAUAGACGAGGUGACGAGCAAAGUAAUCCGCGGCCGGCUAGAAGACGAGUUGGAUAUGGACCUCGCUGAAUACAAGUCUUUUAUCGACCAAGAGAUGCUCACUAUAUUAGGACAGAUGGAUGCUCCCACUGAGGUGUUUGAUCACGUUUAUCUUGGCUCCGAGUGGAACGCCAGUAAUCUCGAAGAACUGCAACGAAAUGGGGUAAGGCACAUAUUAAAUGUGACAAGAGAGAUUGACAAUUUUUUCCCGGGUAUGUUCGAUUACUUAAACAUAAGAGUGUAUGACGACGAUAGAACGGACCUCCUCAAACAUUGGGACAAUACAUACAAGUACAUAAACAAAGCCCGGAAUGAAGGCUCGAAAGUGCUCGUCCAUUGUAAAAUGGGCAUCAGCAGAUCCGCUUCCGUCGUAAUCGCUUAUGCAAUGAAGGCAUUCAACUGGAACUUUGACAAAGCUCUCAAGCAUGUAAAAGCGAAAAGAAAUUGUAUUAAACCAAACACUAACUUCCUAAAUCAACUUGAAACUUAUCAAGGAAUACUAGAUGCAAUGAAGAACAAAGAAAAAUUACAAAGAUCAAAAUCAGAAACUAAUUUGAAGUCGCCAAAAAAUAAUUCGAAAAUAGAGAGUAAAAUAUUGGAUCCUACACCUCUAGUCUUGGCUUUGACUGGUUCCUAUAUUGGUAGGCCGCGUUCAUGGUCUCCCGAUAGCAAACUCGCUUCCGAACUAUUGCCACCGACCUCUGUCUCUCUAGAAAACCUAGUCUAUGAAACUCGACAUAUGUUAAUGCCUUAUGCAAAUGGAACUUAUAGUGUAUCACCUAAUCAGAUCAUAAGAUUAAAGGAGGAAGGAGCCCCGUCUGUUAAACAUAUUGUAAAUGAAAUAGAGAAUGCUGCUUCAAGUGAACGUAGAGAUUUAAGUAAAAGAUAUCAGAAGUUAAAUUUCGGAAAUCAAAAUGAUUCAUCCAGUUUUAAAUCAUCUGAUGGUUCUGUAUCCUCCUUAGUGCAAACGGGUGACGCACCUAGUAAACCACCACAGGCAUCACCGUCGCGAAAUUUAAGUCACAAAUAUUCUCAUUCAAACUUAGAAGAUGAUAAAAUCCAUACCUGGGAUCCAGGGGAAGCUCCGUGGCCCAGGGUAGAAGAUAAUCGAAACAUUAGUGACAGUGAUAAUAUAGUGAAAAGUGAUAGUGGUAUAAUUGACACAAAGACGAAAACGAGUGACGCUUUUUUAAAUUUAGUAGAUCGUAACAUAGACAGCGAGGAGAGGAGAGCCGUCGACGAGGACGCGCCGCCGCCCAGCCGACAGAGUUCGUGGAGCUCGUUCGACAGCGCCGUGGUGCCCGACCUGUCGCGCCACUCCUCCUGGGGCUCGUACGACACGCGGGGCCGCGCGCCGGCCGCCGCGCGCGACGACGCCGCCAAGCGCAAGGAGCGCGGCGACGAGCGCGCCGCGCGCCGCGACGACGAGCGGCCCACCUCCGACCUCGGCAUCAUCAGCGAGCACACGGAGCCGCGGCGCGGCGGGCGCGCGCCUGCCCGCGCGCCCGUCACCAUGUCCGAUAACGAGCGCAAAUUCAACGAAACCUGUGCCAUACUGGAGGAGCUCGCGGCGGCGGCGGCGCGCAUGGAGCGCGCGCGCGACCGCGGCGCCUCCACGUGGAGCGGCCGGCUGUCGGCGUCCGCGCCCGCCGCGCCCGCCGAGAGGCCGCGCGCCGGCCUGCGGCGGCGCCGCGCCGCCUGCGCCUCGCACGGCGACCUGCCGCGCGCCGCGCCGCCCGUGCCGCCCGCGCCCCCCGCGGGGCUCGUCAGCAACCUCAAGAAGGAGUUCGAGGCUCGCUCCGAGGCUGACUCGACGCGCCGCUCGCACUCGCGUGGCCGCGCCGCCGCGCACGAUGGCAGGGAAAGGGGGCCUGCGUCCCCCCCGUCAGGAGAAGAUCUUUCCGUGCGUGUGCUGGUCGACAAGUAUGACCAACCGGGCCGUGCGCGGUGCGAGUCGGCGUGCGAGACGAGCCGGCCGCGGGCGGCCCACGAAUCUGUGUCGAAGAAGUGCCGGCUGGCAGCGGAGGGUGGCGGUGGUGGUGGCGGCGAGCGGCGCGGUGCGGCUCUGCGCAACUCGUUCUGCGGCGCGCUGCGCGGCGGCUCGGAGCGGCCGCCACUCGCGCCCACCGUCGUCUCGAUCGCGCCCAUCGACUACUCCAAUAUGGUGGUUCCGUCUGUGAUGUCGAAAGCUCAAAAUAAAAACAAUUACAACACGGAAAGACCCAUCCGUUGACGAGGCUCAACUUGAAUCGGUCGAAUAAUAGAUGUUCAAAUCCUGUAUAUAAUACUAUGUAGAAGUAUUUAUGUUUUUUAUUUAUUAUGAAUUCUUGCCAAACUCGAUGUUCUAUCUUUCUAGAGUUUUAUAUGCUAUUUACAAAAUGAAAUCACAGUGUAUUUGUCUAUCACGUAAAUUGUGUUAAGCGGCUGUUUGUGAGUAGAGAAAUGUUAAAGGAGAGAAUAAAUUCAAUACAACUGA